AACGUUUUCGUAUGCACAGCAUAUCGGUUCAACGAUUCGUUCUCUUCUGAGUCGCUCCUUCUACUGUGCAAGUAUAGCAAUAAGUGAGUUAUAUAGAGGAAUUAUUUUAAUAAAUAUUUUUGCGUUUCUAUUUGCGAGAAAUAAUGUCUGGAAGACGUGGACGACCGCGAAAGAGAAAUGCAGAUAUUUAUUUAGAAGUGUUAUUAAAACAUAAAAAUGACAUUGUUCUCGACAAAGGCAGAAUAUGUGGAAAAAAGUGCGAAAUUUGGUCCGUAGUAUCAAAUGAACUUUUAGAAAAAAAAGUGCUCGUUUCUCAAUCGUCAUUGUAUGGUUACGUGUCGUGCAAUAUUGACAAUGUCAGAAAAAAAUUGACAUCUGAAGAAGAUUUUAAAACCGUCCAGCAAAAUAUACUUCUGCAAAAGGAACUUGAGAAUCAAGAAGCUCAAAGAGACAGCGAUGUUUUUAACAAUUCGUUACGUUCAUGUAAAAAAGUGAAAAUUCAUUUUAGCAAAAAUGAGAUGGAUUCACUUAUUGUUAAAAAGAGUGUUCAUAAUACACGUGCAAAAAUGAAGGAAAUAAAAAAUGAAGAUCGCGAACAGGACGCUUUAAAAGUUGAAAAAUGGCAAGAGGAAAUGACAAAAAAAUUAUGGGAUAAAGCCCGCGUUAAGUGUGCUUUCAAUAUUUCGAACCAUAAAAUUUGUUUAACAUCAGGAACAGGAACGUUUAGCGGCAGUUGCAAAUGCGGAGCAACAAUCGAUGGAAAAAUUACAGACCUUGGAAGUGAAAUUGCGACAGUAUCUUGCCUGAUGACGAUAGUAGAUGUAAAUUGUGGAAAUCGCAAUCUUCGCAAUCCUAACGCAGAAAUAAAGACGGGGGAUUCAGAGCGAAAAAUUCCAGUUUUGAAAAAUGGAAACAUUUAUGACUUGGCUCCUAUUGAAAUUGAGAAUCUUAUUGUUACUCUGAGUAAUACUUGUACUUUUGACUCCAUAUUUCAGUUAGUUCUUUCCUGUUAUAUGGAUGAAGAAAGUACCCGAGUAAUGGUAAAUCAGCUUGGAGAACAUAUUUUGUUUUUUAAACUUAUCCAUCAAGUGGCUGAAACAGGCAUAACUCACUGGUCCUAUGUCCAGAGGGCCAAAAUUCUUCUUCCCUUAUUCAGACGUAAUGAGGAUCAAAAUACGGACGACUGUAUUAUAGUUAUGGACAGCACAAAAAAGAACAGAAUGAAAAAUAAGGGAAAAGCAGAGAAAAACAAAAAAGUGCAGACACUUGAUGGAAAGAAUAAAGAAAAUAUGCUUCUGGACUGCGCUGGAUAUGCUGACAUAACAUGUGCUUAUGUCAUAAAGGAUGUUUACAGCUUGAAAGAGUUAUUGGAAUGUAAUAAAUGUCUUAAACAAAGAGAGUACAAUCAGCACAUUUUGUCAAUCCCAGCCGAUUAUUUAAGGUCCGAAGAAAUGACACAACAAUUUUCAGAUUUGGUGAAACGUGAAGAUUCGAAGUGUACCCAAAACAAUUGCGGUGGUAUAGAAAAGUCAACAAUUGCUGAAACAGCACAUUUCAUAUUCUUAGAAGUCCAGGAAUACAAUGGACAGGAUACGAAAAUAAAGCUGAACAAAAUUGGACGAAAUCUAAAAAUUGCAGAAACCACAUAUGCACUACAGGGGAUAGUGCAUUUCAUACCACCAGUGUUAACCAGACAUGAACAAUCAUCAGUAGGGCAUUAUGUCACCAUCUCACUGAGAAAAAACGGCCAAUGGGUGGAGUACAAUGACUUAAAGCCAUCGAAAGCAAAGAGAAAGUCCUCAAAAUUCGAGUCCAUGCCUCAUCUUCUGCUUUACGCAAAAUCGUAAAAAUUAAUAAUUUACCAAUUUAAAUAUUUUUGGUAAUUUAAAAAACAGGAGGAUUAGUACCUUAAGAAUUGGUAUCAGCUUAGAAAAUUAUUGGUAUCAGUUGGGGAAAGAAAUCGAGAAAAACGUGAAAAAAAUAAUUGACAACGACGAAGGAAAUCAGGAUACUUCAAUCCAAAUUUAGGCAAUUAUCUUUUAGGUCACAUGAGGCAUAUGACGCAUUCCGGCAUCUGCUGACUUUAAUUAUAUAAGGUCAAGAUUUCUAAAAAACAAAACUUUGCCAAUGAGAGUCGAUUCUUUUAUUACAGAUUACAUUAAAUAUUUAUCAGGAGAAAUGAAAGUAAUAGAGGACAGCUUUCAAAGUCAAGAAGAAGAAUUGAUUUUCUCUAAAAAUCGUAAUCAAAAUAAUGCCAAAGAACUUUGGCUUGUUGGUUGUUUUACACAGGUUAUCCUGUAUACUAAAAAACCUUUAUAUUUGUAUGAGAAAUUUAUUUUUAGAAACGAUGUUACUUCGAGAGAGGUGAGGUGUUCUAAUUUAUUUAGGAUACCAUCACAUAGAACUGAACGAUAUUAUAAUUCUUUUAUGAUAACUGCAAUAAAUUUGUGGCAUUCUCUUCCGGGCUCUAUUACUACUAUCGAAAGUCCAAAAAUUUUUAAGCUUAGAUUAUAUAAAUAUUUAUUUUUAAUGGAUGAGUAGAAUCUCGUUAUUAUGACUCUUGCCAUUGUUAAAAUUUUUUGUGAGUGUAAUAUUGAAGAUUGUUUAUCAUUGUUGAA